GUUAUUAGGAUAUGGACAAUUUUUCAUUUCUCUUUUCGCAAAAUUUCGGAUCUCUUCAGUUUCAUUGAAUCAAAACCCUAAUUCCCCCAAUUUCACUUUUCAACAUCGAAACCUAUCUCUCUCGUUCUCGCUCUAAGUUCCUGACCGUUUUCCCCUUCUACAGCUUGAUUCUCAGGGACAUAUUUUCUACUAAAAAGAUGUCGCCUUCCAAAUCUAAGUCUAAAGAUAAAAAGGCUGGCAAAGAAGCUCAGAAGUCUGUUGCCAAGUCUUCUGGAUCUGCUAAUGCAGUAGCUGGUGUACCAGCUAGUGCAUACAACCCUUUAUUGGGAACAUUCCAUACUUUGGAGAUGCAACCAGCAUCUACUUCCCAAGUACAAUCGAAUGGUCGUUUUCGGAAUAUAGAUGAGACAGAUGAACAUCCCGCUGGCUCAGUGAUAGCUGGUGUGGAGUAUGAUUCUGUUUCUAACAAUGGUAGUUGGUCUGGUGAGUCUGAGGACCAUAAAGAGAAAUCUUCUAUUCCUCCUGCUCGACUGGAGGCAGUUCCGGGAGCUGAUAAUGACAAACGAGAGAAAAUUCGCCAGAAGAAUGAAAAGAAACAUCAACGGCAGAAGGAAAGGCGGGCACAAGAGUUGCAUGAUCGUUGCAGUGGAUAUAUAAUGUCAAGGAAACUAGAGGCACUUGCUCAACAGCUUGUGGCAAUGGGGUUUUCUCACGAGCGUGCAACAGUAGCAUUGAUACUGAAUGAAGGAAGGGUUGAGGAAUCAGUAGCAUGGCUGUUUGAAGGUGGUGAAGAAGCAGAUAAUCAUAAAGAUGCAAAUAUAAGUGGGAGUAAUUUGAAAAUUGAUAUAUCAGAUGAACUGGCUCGGAUAGCAGACCUAGAAAUCAAGUUCAGUUUCUCAAAACAGGAGGUUGAAAGAGCAGUUGUUGCUUGUGAGGGUGAUCUUGAUAAGGCUGCAGAUUCUUUGAGAGAAUUGAAGCUGGAUCGACCAUCUGGUCCACCAAAGCCAGAUGAAGUUGGUGAUCCUCCUUCAUUUGGUAGUAAGCAGACAGGAGUUGUGAAUCAGAAUGCUAGGUCACAGACUAAACCCAUUCUUUCUCCAAAAAAAGAUGAAAAGGAUUUUAACUAUACCAAGCAAGCAAUUACUGGAGGGUCAGCUGAAUCCAGCAACAGACCUAUGCAGCCUCUUAAGAGAAUCCAAUCCAAGUCUGAUUGGGCAAAGCCUCAACAAGCUUCUAUACCAGCUGACAAGAGGUGGCCAAUUGCAGGAUCUAAUCCUUCGGUUUCUUACUCGUUGGCAUCACCAUUGCAAGUGUCACCCACACCUGCUAAGACAGAAGCUUCUUAUGCGGCUGUUGGAGGUGAUUAUAAGAACCCUCAACCUGGUUCAGCUAGGGAGCCAGUAAUUGUGAUGCAGCGGCCUCAAACUGUUAAUACAAAGCAGAUUCCAGCUGCCAGCUUGAGUUCUUCUCCUCCUGGAAUAGCUGCCAGUUGGUAUCCAACUAACAGUGUAGAAGUCAUGAGGUCCAAUGGCUUUAUGUCUCAUCCUCCUAGCUCUAAAAGCCUCAGUUCAAACUAUUUCAGUUCUAAUCAAAUGUACCACCAACUUCAGGGUCAGCCUCCUCAACAGUUUGUGGCUGGCAACAGCAGUUCGGUAGAUCUGCAAGCAACCAACCGAGGGAGUAGCCUAUGGAAUGGAACAAUGGCUGCGUCUCCAACACUUGCUGCUGCUUCUUCUCUUGGACUCUUUUCUGGGCUAGGAUCUGCAGCAACUUCAGGGUCAACUUCUCCAGUAGACUGGAGCACUGGUGGAUCAAUGCAAUUUGAUUAUACCAACAUAGACUGGUCCUUGGAUAGAGGCUUAUCUCCACCUAGGUCUAAUGCAUUAUUGCUUGGGCUUUCACCUUUUGCAAAGAGUGGUACUCUAUACGGCUCAAAUGCUUCUGGUGUGGUUCCUCAGCCAGCAAUGAGAUCAUUACCCUCUAAUGGUAGCAUUGUUCCCUUGCCUGGAUUGCAAGAUGGUGGAGUAUCUCCUGCUGAAACAUCAGGUUCUCGGGAAUGGAGUUCUCCAUUUGAAGGGAAAGAUCUUUUUAGUUUACCGAGACAGUUUGUUUCUUCUCCCUCCCUGUAGAGUGGAGGGGAGAAAUCAAAUGAAUAAAAAAAAAAGACCAAAAAAUGUGUGGAUUUGAUGUUUGUUCUUAUGAUGCUAUAGUUGAUAUGAUGUUGGUCGUAAGCUUUCUGUGAAAAACAGCCGUCGAAUUUCACAUGCACUG